ACUUUUCUGUUGUUUUUGUUGUUGUGGAAUUUUCUCAGUACCUGACUUGCUCGAAAAUGCGAUUUUGCACCCUUACACGCAAUUUUAUGUCUUCCCCUGUAUCACACAUUGAUAAGGGGAUGUUUAUCCCUAAACACAAUCCCGUAGCUGAGAGUGACAUUGCGAAAUUAGAGGAAUUUCUUCACAAUAAAUCCCGAAUUCUCGUCCUGACUGGUGCAGGGAUCUCCACGGAAUCUGGUAUUCCGGAUUAUCGAUCAGAAGGCGUAGGAUUGUAUGCUCGUUCCAAUACCCGCCCAAUUCAACAUCCGGACUUUGUCAAGUACCCAGAUGUGAGGAAAAGAUACUGGGCGAGGAAUUACGUUGGCUGGCCAAGAUUCUCCAGUAUUGAACCAAAUGCAAUUCAUCACACUCUGGCAAAAUUCGAACGCGAGGGGAGGAUUUUGGGUCUUGUAACGCAGAAUGUGGAUUGCCUGCACACCAAGGCAGGAAGCAAGAAGCUCAUAGAGAUUCAUGGGAAUGGGUAUACAGUUAUCUGUCUAUCGUGUGACUACUCCAUUCCCAGGCAUGACUUCCAGAGUAUCCUCAAUGGUCUCAAUCCCUCCCUCGUAGCAACAAUGACUGAUAUGCUUCGUCCGGAUGGAGAUGUGGAUAUCCCACAGGCAGCAAUAGAUGCCUUUGUGGUGCCUCCAUGCCCCAAAUGUGGGGGGAGUUUGAAGCCGAGAAUUGUAUUUUUCGGCGACAAUGUUCCGAUGAAGACAAUUGAGGACAUUGUGCGGUGGAAUUGCGAAAGUGAUGGGCUGCUGGUUCUCGGCUCCAGCCUCCUCGUCUUCUCUGGCUAUCGUCUUGUUAUGCAAACCAAGGAACUAGGUCUCCCGGUGGCAAUUGUCAACAUUGGCCAAACACGUGGUGAUGCCCUGGCGGACCUCAAAAUCUCCGCCAAAUGCGGUGACAUCAUACCACGCCUGUUUGCACGAUAGGGCAUCCCCCGUGGGUCAAAAGAUCACAAUCCGUAGCACGUUCUGUCUCUAAUUUAUUUUAUUAUUCAAUUUUUUCUUUUGCUCGCUCAUGU